CGAGGCUCAAACGUCUCUCUGGUUUUGGACAUGUCGGCUCUCGGCUCUGUGGAGCCCCUGAAUGUUACCGUGGUAACCCCCAGAGAGGCGGCAGCCAGAGAGUAUCUCCUGUCGGCCGGUCGGCCAUUGACACGACAGCAGCUCCGUGACAUCGUCAACAACACACACAAACUGCACGCAGAGUUUGCUGAAAUCCCCAUGAACUUCAUCGACCCCAAAGAGCUGCACAUCCCAAACCACGGGACCAAGAACAGAUACAAGACCAUCUUGCCCAACCCUCAUUCCAGAGUGAUCCUAAAGUCCAAGAGCUGCAACGACCUGCUGCUGAGCUCCUACAUCAAUGCUAACUACAUACGGGGUUACCUAGGAGACCAGAAGGCAUUCAUCGCCACUCAGGGUCCGAUGGUGAACACAGUGAAUGACUUCUGGCAGAUGGCUUGGCAGGAGGAGUCUCCCGUCAUCGUCAUGAUCACCAAACUGAAGGAGAAGAAUGAGAAAUGUGUUCUGUACUGGCCGGAGAAGAGAGGGAUCUAUGGGAAGGUUGAAGUUUUAGUGAACAGCGUUACAGAGUGUGAACACUACACCGCACGCAGCCUCACACUCAAGUGUGGGAAUCAAACCCGCGUGCUGAAGCAUUACUGGUACACAUCGUGGCCCGACCACAAAACCCCGGACUCAACGCUGCCGCUGCUGCAGCUGAUGGCUGACGUAGAGACGGACAGACGGGCGGCUGCCGCCAAAGGGCCGGUUAUCGUCCACUGCAGUGCCGGGAUUGGUCGAACAGGCUGUUUCAUCGCAACAACGAUAGGCUGUCGGCAGUUUCAGCUCGAAGGAUUGGUGGAUGUUCUUAGCAUCACCUGCCAGCUCAGAGCUGACAGGGGAGGUAUGAUCCAGACAGGUGAGCAGUACGAGUUUGUCCACCACGCCUUGAGUCUGUACGAAGUCCGCCUCUCUGCAGAAACCGGCCCAUGAGUAGGACCAGCCAACCGAACACGCCGUGUUGACUUUAACCAGAAGGUGUGCUGACAUCUCCUCUGAAGAUAUGAUUGUUGAGAUUUGGAGAUCCUUGAGGAUUAUGGAAACUCUGAUGGAGGUGUUUUAAGUUUGAUUGACAUUUGGACAACCAGUAAAGCUUGUUGUGGGCGGAGCCUGUGGAGCGAAAGAGGAAAGGUACUUUUCUGAAAAGGGAAUGUCUCCGCUCUUCUUCUGCUGUUUUUUCUUUGUGUGUUUUUGGCGAGUAGUUCUUCUGAGGAAAUCAAAGAACCUGCCAACUUCACCCCUCCUAAUCAAUGACUGUCAGAGCGUGUCGUCUUUAAUCAACCAGACUGUUGUAUAACUGUUUCCUGCCAUGGAGACGUAGAUGUAGUUCGACUGGAAUCGAUGGUACAUUGUUCAAUAACACUGCUGUGUUUUUGUGUCUUAUAGAAUUUUACAAUUAUUUUGUAAAGUGGUGUUCUGGUAGAAAACCUAAAAUCUAAAAAAAGACUGUUAGCUGGUUUCACUUUUGGUAAAACUCCUUUAUCAACGUUGAGCCAAACCUAGCUGAGCUCCUUUGUGACUUCAGUACUCCCCAUCCAGAGCUUUGGGAAAGAUGAUAAUUCUUACUUCUUGGCUGCCAUCAUUUUUAUUUUUGUAAAAGUUUUUAUUGUUUCAAAAUGUUUUGUACCACUACAACUUGUUUAAAAAUUCUCAGAGACUCUUAACAUCUAAGUAAAUGGUUAGCUUGGAAUGCUAACGAGUGAAAGUAGCAUUGGUUUUUACUGCCUUCAUGCUAACGCCACUUCUUGCGAAACAGACGUUCGUGAGUGGAUGAGCCAUUGCUAUAGCUAGCCAGAUGACAAACUGCCAAGACCCAUUUGAUAACCUAUUAAGAGAGAUUAAGUGCAGAUUAUUACUUAGAUUAAAAAUUAACUCCAUAAUCUUUAUUUCCAUCAUUUGGCUCUUUUUUUUUUUUCUCCACCAAAACUUUCGGAGCACCAAAGUCACAAACAGAGCUACCUUUAGCCAUAGCUCAGAUGCUAAAAGCUAACACACCAAUGCAAUGAUAAAUAAGCUCCUGCUCAGCUAGCCAUCGUAGUCCAGUAAUCUAAUAGAAGCUAGCUCUAGCUUUAAUGUUCAGUGUUGAUGACAUGUCAAUAUAGAGGCGCUAACCUACAUUAAAAGCUUUUGCUAAUACCAGCUUGCUAUGCUAUCAUAAUAUUUAGCUAACACAAUCAAAUCUAUUCCUUGUAAUUGAUAAUUUUUCCUCAAUAAUGUUUAUAAUUUUCAACAUGUCCAGCCUCUACGUCGUUUCAGAUGGAUUAUGAGAGCUGUAGCUUUGAAUGCGAUCACAGUAGAUUUUAAUCUUUAUAAAAAAAAUGAUGAAGGUCAUAAAGAAUCCGUUCACACCAUCAAACUUUAUCUUUUAGAAAGAUCAUCAAACACUUACAGAGAGUGGAACUCAAAAAACUGUUGUAGCACUUUUUUCUGUUGCCAACUAAUACAGGCGAUUUAACUUAAAAGUCAUUACAUUCUUAUUAAAGUCAUCUUUUUAAUUUGACAACUACAAAACAAAUUCAGCAGAGACUAAAUUUAAUUUAAAACAAAUAUCUCACAGCUUGCUCUCAGAGUUUACAUUAUAGGACAGAUAUUCCCCUGUUUUUCAAAAUGUUGCUUUAUACCAAAAAUGUGAAAUAUUUUCGUCAUCUCAUCGUUGUGCUGGUGUAAAUUAUGUUAUUUAGUGAGUGUGUUAUAUCGGUGAAGAAAUAAUAACUUUAUUUUUAUACAGUUUUUACAUGUUUUGAUGUGUUUAGCAGCUAUGAGACUUUUGACAUGAAGAAUCUCUUAAUGAAGCCUCAUCAUCCUCAAACCAUCAACUUACCAGGAGCAGAAUCAAAACAGAGCCAAAAAUUUAAAGUUGAAACAAUCUGACAUCCAACAGUUAAAGCGUCCGAAACUUAAAGGCAAUACGUUUGAAAAUUACAAGAAAUAUUGAAUGUUCAGAUGUUAUUAUUUUAAAUGUAUGCCUUUACUCUUAAUGUUAUUACUCAUUAUAUUACUGUUUUAUUCAAUAUUACAACUUUAUUCUGCUAGUAGAGACAUUCUUAAUAUAUUACAAUUUUAUUUUUCAAAAUGUAAAACUUGGUAUUGUAAAAUUUGGAUAAAGUAUGACUUUAUUUUUGCCAUAACAACUUUAUUCUUACUUCUAUUCGUAAUAUGAUGUAUUUAAUAUUACAACAGCAAAUGUUAGACUUGUCUUCUUCGGGACGGAUAUUCAGCGUAGUGACCAAAACAUAUGAAAUGCCAAAAUGUUCUCCUCUUCUAAGGGAAAGUUUAUUUUAUGUCCAACAAAGAGACAUUUUUGAGUCUUUUAUGAGUUCCUGGUGUGUUGCCUGGUUUUAGAGAUCCGAUGUCUCUACGUUAAUGCCAGUAAUGAAGAACACUCGUCGAAUGAAUGAAUGAGAAAACAUUGUGCAGUAAAUGUCAAAGUGCUUUUACAUCAAAUGUGGGCAGUAAUGUUUCAAAUCAUGGACCUCAAACUUGGAGCUCUUGCUGCUAAAACCAGAGACGUCAGGACCGAACGGAAGAUGGACAAUAAACAAGAGAAACUCUGAAUUCUUUUUCUAAUGACAAUUAUUUUCUAUUUAUUCUUCUUCUUGUGAUACAAUCGAAGGACGUCUUUGUCUACGUGUCCGACAUGAACCUGAUUUACACCUCAGUCAGGUCAGAACAUGGAUCCAUUACUCAUUGAAUAACGGUUUAAAACCCACAACAUUAAAUUUGAUAUGGACUUCAUUUCCAGUUUGAACUGACUGAAGUGAGCCGGCCUCCAACACACACUGCCUCUGACGUAGUAUUGUGUAUGUACAGUAGGUUCAUGUCCUGUACUUUAUUGUCCUCGACUGUUGAUGGAGGUUAAAGGGACGCUACACAUUUCAACUUCAUAAAACUGAAAGUCUUUUCCUCACAGAGAUGUAAUGUACUGAGAUGAAGAAGUAAAACAGGGAAAAUGAUCGGGUUGGUACUCUUGGUUUAAAUGAACUCAAGGUGGUUUCCAGUGCCGUCUUCCUUUCUUCCGGUCCAGUCCGGUCUGGAUCGUCUUAUCAAACAUGCAAAAUAGUGGAAAGCAUCUAACUCAAUAUUUGUGGCGCAACAAGCCUGUAAUUGUAAGUAACACUUAAUAUUAGCGUUUAUUUGAAGCAGUUUGUUAAAGAAACUUAAAUAAAAGCUUCCUGCGUGUUCGGUAUUUUUAACGACAUGUUAGCGUCCCUUUAUCUGCUGUGUGAGCUCUACAGAGUGCAGCUGAUGCUAAUACGUGUACGUGGUUUUUAUCUGUAUUACUAAUCAACUUGAAUGUUGUAACAGUCUGGAGCGUUCGCCACUGAGUAGUGCUGUAACCUCUUUAUCUACUCUCUAUGGUCAAAUAUAUUGUUCCCUAUAAUCUGUACAUAAACACAGGACAUCAAACUCUGA